AUGGAAGUGGAGGUGAAGCUGCGUCUCCCCGACGCCGCCGCGCACCAGAGUCUCUCCGAUGCACUGUCGCCUUGGCACCUGCGGACGCACCUCCAGGAGAACCUCUUUUUCGACGGCGCCGGAGGUGAGCUCUCCGCCCAGCGCGCCGUCCUCCGCCUCCGCUUCUACGACGGCGACGCCCGCUGCGUCCUCUCCCUCAAGGCGAAGGCCCAUAUCUCGGCGGGGAUCAGCCGAGUAGAGGAGGAGGAGGAAGACGUGGAGCCCCCGGCGCUGGGGCGCGCCUGCGCCGCCGAUCCCCGCCGCCUCCUCACCGAUCUCCACGCCUCCCACAUCAUGGGGAGGGUGAAGGACUUCUUCGGCGGCAACCCGGCGGAGCUCGUGCCUCUGGGGGGCUUCAGGAACGUGAGGGCCGUCUACCGCUGGGAGGCGGAGGGGCUAACGUUGGAGCUGGACGAGACCCACUACGACUUCGGCACGAGCUUCGAGCUGGAGUGCGAGACGGCGGAGCCGGAGCGGGCCAAGGCGGUGCUCGAGGCCUUCCUCAGGCGGCACGGCGUGCCCUACGCCUACUCGGAGGCGUCCAAGUUCGCCCUCUUCCGCGCCGGGAAGCUCCUCCCAUGA